CAACCAUGAAUGGCGCGUCAUUCCAACACUCAACAGACACAUCAUUCGUUGAUGUUGCAAAACUACUAUUUGCAUUUUAUUGUGGUUUGAGUUUACGUGCUUCCACGACUACCAGCUGUACUUAUGCAACAUGGAUUUUUGGUGAAGCCUAUGCCUAUGCAUGCAGUUGCUAAACACAUCAAGAGUGUAGCUCUCGGAAUAAGAGUGUCCUGAAACAAUUCUUUGACUUCUUUGUCUACAUUAUACUUAUUUUCUUCUUGUUUUAAGCCCCUGCCCAAGAUGAUGGACAGUUACGUGAAUCGCGUAGCCACAGUGUUUUACACUUGGCUCACUGCAUUUGGCUUAGCCGCUUGCUUUUGCCACUGCUCUUCCUACGUCUUCAGUCCGGUGGUUGACGUGCAAAUCGCGAAUGUUUGGGUCCAGGAUUUCACCUACAACAACUACCUAGGCCAGGAACAGGCUUCACUCGCCUUUGAUAUGGAUGCAGAUUUGACGAACGAGUUCAACUGGAAUUUAUGGUGGCACUGAUUUUCGAGAACCACGAAGGAAAGGGAAUGUCCUCGUGCCACCACCUAAGAGUUGUAAGAAGGGCUUUAUAGAUGAGGGAAAUAACGACAAGAACAUUCCUUUGUUGACAUGAUUGUCAUAAUUCUCACUCAGUGGCCUCACUCAUGAAACUUGAAGCAGCUCUUCGUGUACCUCGUUGUCACCUACGAGAGCGAAUCAAACCAGAUGAACGAGGUGAUCAUUUGGGACGAUAUCAUUCGCGACAAGGACAGCGCGACGCUCUUAUGAUGGUAGCCUGUAGUAGAAGUAGCUUGUGAAGUAGAAGAAGUAGGUCUUCGUUGUGAUGAAUGUGAUUACAGUUACAAGUAGUACAAGUCCGCCUUCGCUGAAAGAUCAUAGGAUCAUUGAUAGCGAAUAAUACUAAUAUUUUUGUUGAAUCUCAACUACCUAUCGUGAUCAUCGUCAUGUGUAUAGGUCCAUUGAUUCCCGACCUUAGUUUUUCAUUGAGGCAUCCCUUUUCAUAUCCCAAGUUUCGCAAGGAGUCUGCGAAAUAUCCCUUGCGUGACCAGCACCGCGACUUGAAGGGCACGAAAGCGUCUCUGGUUUUGCGAUACCGCAGAAUGCCGAUUAUCGGAGUCAUGGGCGAGGUAGAAAACGAGCAAUCACGCAGGGCAUUCAAGAUGCCCGAGCGUUACUUCAGAAGUCAGAAACCGGUGAAAAGUCAUCACGAGAAGCCCGACGCCUACAGGAUGGAAUAUGUGUCGUAGAUCGAUUUCAUCCUUGAAGAACAAGAUUCCCUUCGACGUUUUUUCCUAGAAGAUGUUGAAAUUAGAAAACCAUCAGACACAAAAACAUGAAAUUCUCUAGCAUCUUUAUCAUGCACAUGCAGGAAGGAAAUAUUGAAGUUUCGUCGUAAUGCUUGAUCUUCAUAGGGCCACAACAUCGUGUAUGACCAUGAUACCAGCAGGAACGAUGGCAACACUUUCUUCCAUGCAACCCCCUCCUCCUCCUUUUGAACACUGACUCACCCGAUUCAUAACCCUAAACACUAUUUGUUUGCGAUCAUACCUUCUCCCACAUAUCUAUGUCGACAUUGCAGUGGAGCUAAAUAAGCGGCAAAAUUUGUUGUGCUGAGGGUUGAGAGGGUCG